AAAUCAGGUUGGAUUGAUGUUCAUUACAUACAAAUAUAGAUUUAGAUUCAGAAAUGUUUUGCAGGAUCAUUUUGUCACAGACUACUUAAAGGAUGUGACAUAUCUCAGACUAAUACUUUUUAUAAUCCAAUAGUUAAAAGCAGUAAUCUGGAACAAUACUCGCAGAUAAUGUUUGCAUACAAACGAUGUGUAUGUAUAUAGAAGGAAUCCAAAUAACUGUUUUUCUCAACUGGAUCACAGUCACUCAGCGGUGCUUAGGGAGAGGAGGGGCUAUUGAAGAAAUCUCUUCUAAAAUAUUGUAUUUGUGACAGAUAUUAUAAAAUUUUCCAUGAUACUCAGUAAUUCAAAUACUUUCUAUAAAAUAAUAGCUACCAAUUAUUGAAAGUGUGCAAUGUGCUAGGAAUGAGCUAAGAGUUUCAUAUAAAUUAUAUCCUUUAAUCUGCACAACUAUUUCUAGGAGAUAUUAUUGGAAAUAGUUUAGUGAAAACAUGCUCUAAUAUAGUAAAUUAACAUAACCUGAGAUUACAUAGUGAGCAAAUGUCACAGUCACAUUUCUGACCCAGGACUCUGUUUAGCCAAAUCACACUUUCAUUCACUAUUAUAUUAAAUAUAUUCCAUUAUCAUUUUUUUACAAUCAGGUUUGUUGAGGUUUGUUGUAUUAGUUUCCUAUGUUGCUGUUAAUGAUUACCACAAACUUAAAACCAUAGCUUAAAGCAACACAAAGUUAUUCUCAACAGUUCCGAAGCUCAAAAGUCCACAGUCAAUCUCAUUGGCCGCCGGCAGAGCUGGUUCUUUCACCAGGCUCUAAGGAAGAAUCCACUUCCUUGUCUUUCCCACCUUCUAGAGGUUGCUGCAUUCCUUGGCUCACAGACCCCUCUUUAAAGCCAACAACAUAGCAUCUUCAAAUCUCUGACUGACUUCCCUGCCUCAUUCUUCUAAGGACCCUUGUGAUUAUACUGGGAUCCUUAGACAAAAAUAAUCUGGGAUAAUCUCCCCUUUCCAAGAUCGUUAGUCAUAGCCGCAAAGUCCCUUUGCCAUGUAAGGUCGGUGUGCCUAGUCAUGUCCAACUCUUUGCCACCCCAUGGACUGUAGCCCACCAGGCUCCUCUGUCCAUGGAAUUUUCCAGGCAAGAACACUGCAGUGGGUUGCCAUUUCCUACUCCAGGGAAGGUUAGGUAUAGUUCUGAUUUAACUUAACAUUUAAAUGGAGAUUGCUUUUCGUGAGCUCUCUUUACAUAGAUAACAUCAACUAUUCAUGUCAUGAAACAGCACACCACAGCCCUGUGUGUGAAUGUGAAAUAAAUAAUAAGAUAAAUAGAUAAAUAAAGUUUACCUUGGUUUUUAAAAAUUAACUGGUUUAUAGUAAUAAUGGCUUUAAAAUGAGUAAAGAAAAUAAAGUUACCUAAAUAUUUAAAUUGACAUAUAUCUGUUAUGUAUUUUUUAAAGAAAAUGUCUUUAGCAUACCAGAUUGGUUGAUUUUACUUAUUUGCAAGAUUUUUAAAUUAAAUAAUAAAUUAUAUAGUUCUACAUAGGGACAUCAAAUUGGUGAUAUUAGAAAAAGUAAAAACAAGUUUCAGCUCUGUUAGUUCCAAUAAAAACUAAUUUGGUUGUCUUAUAUUUUUAAAUAUUGGUAAAUAUUGAUAUUUCAAAGACAAUUAUACUAGGUCAGUGUUUUACAAAUUGUAUUUUUUGGAGCACUAACCUUUGGCUAUGUGCUCAACAAAAUAAAGCUUCACAGUCAAAUAUGCUGUGGAAAAGCUGUAUUUUUAUAUACCCUUCUGAGAGCUUCACAAUUCACAUCAGCAGAUAAAGGUUCUGAGAAAUUCUGUGGUAAACUUGUUUAACUUGCUUAUCUUUUUAUUUGUCAAAUCUAUUUAACUAUGGAAACCUCUUUUAUAUAAUACUUAUUAACAUGCUGCAGAACUAGUAUUCCACAGAACACAAUUCAAGGAUAACUGUUGCCUUUUCCCAAAAAUGGUGCCGAAGGCAAAGAAGGAAGCCCCUGCCCCUCUCAAAGCUGAAGCCAAAGCAAAGGGCAAGAAAGCAGUGUUGAAAGGCGUCCACAGCCACAAACAAAAGAAGAUCUGGAGGUCACCCACCUUCCAAUGGCCCAAAACACUGAGGCCCAGGAGGCAGCCCAAAUAUCCUUGGAAGAGCACCCCUAGGAGAAACAAAGCUGACCACUAUGCCAUCAUCAGAUUCCCCCUCACCACCAAGUCAGCUGUGAAGAAAAGAGAGGACAGCAACACACUGGAGUUCACUGUGGCUGUCAAGGCCACCCAGCACCAAACUGAACAGGCUGUGAAGAAGCUCUAUGACACCGACAUGGCUAAGCACAAUACCCUAAGCAGGCCUGAUGGAGAGGAGAAGGUGCAUGUUUGACUGGCUUCUGACUAUGCUGCUUUGCAUGUUGCCAACAAAAUUGGGAUCAUUUAAACUGAGUCCAGCUGGCUAAUUCCAAAUAUAAAAGCUUUCACUAUUAAAAAAAAAAAAGAGUAACUUUAUUGCUCAUACUUUAUUGAGCAAAGUAUGAAUUGCUUAAAAAGAGGUAUUUCUCAGCAUUCUUUCUGAUCCACAACAAAAUACAGAGGAAUGUGGAUACAAUGUAACUCUAGUAACAAAUUUUUUAAAGCCACGGAGGUCUACUAAAAAACAUAUGAUUAUCUAUGUGUAAGUUGUUGUCAAAAGUCUGUAUUUCCCUAGGAAUCCCUACAGUAUAAUGUUUUGUUCCACAGACAGCACCCUCAUCACCACACCCCCAUCAUCACCAGCAGUCAUCUUGGCCAGGCUGCUCUAGAGCUUGGCUUACCACCUCUAACAUUCUCUUAACUAGUUUCUCCAGGAUAUCCCACUUGCUUUCACUAUAUCCCCCCAGGAUUCUCCCUUAGUUUCUCAAAGAAUGGAAGUAAUUUUACUGAUGCAUUUCUGAAGAUAUUGGGAUGACAGAAGUAUAAUGCAGAGAUGGCCUCACAGUGGUUUCCAAGGGUAGCCAAGAGGCCUGCAGUACAACAGCUCUUGGGCAUUCCAGGAGCCUGCAUCAUAGUGAGUCUUGUCAUUAGGAAUCGCCAGGUACCUUCCUACCAUGGAACCCCAGUGCUGGUCAUCCUGGGGCAGGGACCCUGGACUGGAAGGGAGGACUUCAUCCUCUCUCUGGGUCCAAAGUUUGGGGAACAACUUUUUCUUUAGGCAAAACUCCCUCUACAAUCUGCAGGAUUGUGGUCCGACCCCCAAAACCUAAAC